AUGGAGGCACCUUCACAGAAUGGGAGGGAGAGGUCGUCAUCGGCGGCACAAAGCAAUAAUAACUCCCACUUCGCCCCAGAUCCUACCAACAGCAACCGACUACAUACCAACCAAUCACUUUCGGGAACUAGUAAUAGUGACAAUAACUAUCUAACAACUACAUCGACAAGCAAUCAGCAGUUCCUCUUUACAACUCCCUACCUAACAGCUACAUCUCAAGACGGGCUUGGGUUCACCACCAAUGUGACGGCGCCCGAACGCUCGUUCAAUCAACAGGAAGACUUCUCCCAGACCUUUGAUACCAAUUUCCUUGACUCGCUAGAACACUCCACUGCCGGCGUAAACGACAGUAGAGACUCGCAGCCCUUCCCGGAAUUUGAUAAUUCUGACCACGGCUUCAAUUUUGACGAAUUCAGUACCUUUACACACCAAGACCAAACCUCGGGGUUCAACACAUCGAACGCAAUGAUGAGCACUAUCCAGCAGCCUACCAUCAACCCGGCGGACUUUGCUCAACCACUAUCUUCGCCACAAAUGCCGACUUCUCCUCACCUAAUCCCACCAGAGACCGUUUCCUCCCCUAAUCGUCCUGCCUCCCCUGCCGCUGCUUCGAGCCCUGGAACGUUCUACACGCCCCAGCACUCCCGGCAUACUUCGCUGGAUCCCGCCAGUGCGGCAUAUAUCAGUACUGAUUCACAGUCCAACUGGCACGGCAUACUCGGGAACAGCUCAUUUCGGGGUCAUCGGCGUGCACCGUCAGAACAUUCCGAUGUCUCGUCUGUCUCGCACUCACCCUUCUUACCACAACAUGAUACAUUCGAUAACUCUGCUCAUCCUUCUGCACAGCCAUCUCCUCGCCUCCCCCCUCAGGCUGACCCACGUUUGUAUGACAAUGCCUUUGGAAUGGAAGCCUUCACGAUAUCAGAACGAGACCAGAAUAAUGGAUAUAGCCCUGCGCAUAGUCCAUAUAUCUCUCCUCGCCUCUCUCCACAGUUGCAUAACACAGACCUAGAUCCAGACAGCUCACUACUAUUAGCCCAACAUAUCCCCCGAGUGCAAGGCACUCAGGACCCAUAUGCAGGAACGUCAGCCCCGCCCGUACCUGGCUUUCAGGCUCAAGCUGGGCUCGGGGAUAUGGGACAAGCAGCCCAGAUGACGCCCCCUUCAAUCAAUGUUGAAUUUGCACCCCCCUCCAGAACGUCAACUGUAGAUGCUCCAAAGCUAAAUGCAGACGGGGAUACAUUGAGUCCCCCAAUCAGUCGUGCUCGGGGACGAAGCAAAUCAGACCCCUUUAUGUCACGACCAAUGUCACCUUCUUCACUUGGCGCAUCUCUGGGAGGGACAAAUUCAAAUGCCGGAUCUCUAUCACCAUCCUUAGUCCCGAGUGGCACUUUCAGUACACCAUCUUCGCGGGAAGUCUCUCCAGUUAGCAAGAAUAGACGCCAGUCAACAUCUUCCCUUGACAGCCGUAGCUAUAUCUUGGACCUUGCAAAUCCCCAGCGGCCCGGAUCUAAUCCACAAGACUCGAAAAGAGUUCAAAAGCACCCUGCAACAUUCCAGUGCACACUUUGUCCCAAGAAGUUCACAAGAGCAUAUAAUCUGCGCUCUCAUCUUCGAACCCACACAGAUGAAAGACCAUUCGUCUGCACCAUUUGUGGUAGAGCAUUUGCCCGCCAGCAUGAUCGUAGACGGCAUGAAAGCUUACACUCUGGUGAGAGGAGAUUUGUCUGUCGUGGCGACAUGUCUAGCGGCCGCCAAUGGGGUUGCGGUCGGCGAUUCGCCCGUGCCGAUGCUCUAGGUCGCCAUUUCCGCUCUGAAGCUGGCCGAGUAUGCAUAAAGCCUCUUCUUGAUGAAGAGGCUCUUGAACGUGAUGCUCUUAAUCAGCAGCAGCAGCAGCAGCAGCAACAACAACAAGGAAGCACUUCGCCUGGGCACUUACAGCCGAACAACCAGCCAUUAACAAUACCAGGCAUGGACGGACAUGGAAGCUCUUUCACGCUGCCUGCCGCUUUAUUGGCCCAAUAUCCGGCCCUUCAAGGCUUACAGUGGGAUCAAAUUGCACCUCCAGUGGACGACAAUAGUGACAUUGGAGGGCGAAGUAGCUUUGAUGCAAGCUCUGGUGGGGAGUUCGGAUUCGGGGACGAAGAAGACCCUGUCAAUACUGGGUACUUGAACCAGCCAUCUGGUCAGCCACAGCAACAACAACAACAGCAACUGGGAGCUGGCCAGCUUAACCCUGGCCCUGCUGGUAGCGGGUGGCCACAGUCUGGCCAGGCGUGGACAAAUGAAUAUAAUAGCAUCAGAUAG